AUGGCCGCCGAUCGUCUAAGCUCGCUCCUGAGCCACCUCAAGCCCGGCGCUGCGAGUGGCCUCUCUGCUAUUACACAGAAGAACCCCGACGAUGUGGUCAUUACACUAGCAGUCCGUACACCUCUGACCAAGGCGCGCAAGGGCGGUUUCAAGGACUCAGAACUAGACUACGUCGUAUACGCCCUGUUGAAGCAAGCUUUGGCCAAGUCCCAGAUCGAUCCUGCCCUAGUGGAGGAUGUUGUCCUCGGAAAUGUCAACGAAGUCAAAGCCGCCUACAUGGUCCGCGCCGCAGCCCUGGCCGCCGGUAUUCCCCACACAGCUGGUGCCUGUGCAGUGAACCGCUUCUGCUCGUCUGGACUGAAGGCCGUACAGGACAUCGCCAGCCAGAUUCAACUCGGCGCCAUCGACGUCGGUAUUGCCAUGGGUGCUGAGCUGAUGUCCGCCCCCAACGAUCGUUUGGAGCGGCCAUUCAACGAGGAGGUUCUGCGCAACCAGGAGGCCGCCGACUGCAUGCAGCCCAUGGGCCAGACCUCCGAGAACGUGGGCAAUGACUUCAACAUCUCCCGCGAGCAGCAGGAUCGAUAUGCCGCCGAGUCCUUCCGUCGGGCCGAGGCUGCCCAGAACAGCGGUUGGUUCGAUGAUGAGAUCGUCCCUAUCACAACCAAGGUCAAGGACCCCAAGACCGGCGAGGUCAAGGAGGUGACUCUGACCCGCGACGACGGAAUUCGCCCCGGUACAACCUUCGAGUCACUUUCCAAGAUUCGCCCUGCUUUCCCCCAGUUCGGUGAUAGGUCCACUGGUGGAAACUCCAGCCAGGUCACCGACGGUGCUGCCGCUGUUCUGCUGAUGCGCCGCUCCAAGGCCAUCGAGCUGAACCAGCCUAUCCUUGCUAAGUUCUGCGGCUCGGUUGUCGCUGGUGUGCCCCCUCGCGUGAUGGGCAUCGGCCCAACUGCCGCUAUCCCCAAGCUCCUGAGCAAGUUCCAGCUUGACAAGAAUGACAUCGAUAUCUUCGAGAUCAACGAGGCUUUCGCCUCUAUGGCCGUCUACUGCGUUCAGAACCUUGGCCUUGACCACGCCAAGGUCAACCCUCGUGGCGGUGCUAUUGCACUUGGCCACCCUCUCGGCGCAACUGGUGCACGUCAAGUUGCUACCAUUCUGAGCGAGGCUCGCCGUACAAAGAGCAAGGUUCUGGUCUCUUCCAUGUGUAUUGGAACUGGACAGGGUAUGGCCGCUCUGUUUGUCAACGAGCAGCUGUAA